UGACGUCCGGGGGCGAUUUGUAACAAGUAACUUCCCGUAUUGAGAAUACCGGACGAGAUUUACUGUGCCACCCCCAGCUAUUCUGUCCUUCUGCCUCUUAACGUGCCAGUUUCUACCUCUGCCUGUGGGGCUGCAUCCUGUUGUUUCUGAUCAUUUUCCUUUUUUCCCUUGAAAGUAUUUCCACAGUCAGUCAAGACAGAAACUUGCAUCCUGUUCUCCUUCUGAAGUGAGGGGGAAUUAAGCAUGUGCCUAAAGCAGACCAUGAGCUCAAGUGUGCUGCUGAAUAGGGGCUUCAUGACAUAAUUUAGAAAGAGGCAGAUUUACACAGCGGUUGACAGAUCAUCUCCUACUGUGUGAACGGUGUGGAGGGGAGAUUUCCUGAGGAAAUCUAUAGGACUAAAGUAACAGUGAGAUGAAAGUUCUCUCAAUCUGCCACAGCUCCAGAGCCAGAACCCUUCUACCCCAUUUUAUCAUUUUCUUCAUUACGUUUUAUGUUCACAAGCUGGAAUCAGCCCGGUUCACAGUGAUUGGACCUGAUCACCCUGUCACUGCCAUCAUGGGUGAGGACAUUAUUUUACCCUGUCACUUGUCCCCCAAGAUGAGCGCUGAGAACAUGGAAGUGAGAUGGUUCCGAUCUGAGUUCACUUCGUUUGUGCACCUGUAUCAGCAUGGAAAGGAUGAGUAUGGGCAGCAGAUGCCAGAAUAUCAUGGAAGGACAGAGCUUUUGAAAGCUGGCAUUGUGGAUGGGAAUGUUGCCUUGGGAAUUGUCAAUAUCAGACUUUCUGAUGAAGGACAGUACCGCUGUUUUGUUCAAGAUGGUGUUUUUCAUGAAGAAGCUGUAUUGGAAUUGAAGGUAGCAGGUCAGUAACAUGUGUCUGUUGUC